AUGACCCGAGGACGUAAAAAAGACCUCACUAUCCCUCCCACAAGAACCCUUGUUCAGCAGAGAGACUAUCGUGCGCGAAAGGCCAAUUAUAUAGCAGGCCUCGAAGAACGCUGCCGUAAAGCAGAGGAAGAAAACGUGCAACUACGCAGAGAACUCGCCCAAAUGAGAGCGCGUCUCGCAAAUCCUGCGGUGAUUCUACCUGAGACAAUUGAAGUGUCCAAGGAACUGAUGCAAAACCUCGCUCUUGCCACCGCAUCCUUGGCCAAAUUUCAACAAUUAACAUUUGCUACAGCUGAAAACCACGAGCCAGCUGGAGGACAAUCUGUUGUAAAUAUUGCAUCUCGAAUGGAGGAAACACACAAUAUUCGUGGUUCACCUCAAGAAUCAUUAGACGGCGACAUUCCUCCGGCGUAUCGAUCCCAUGGUCAUGGAAGGAAACUUCUUUUCAUGGAUGACGAUAGACCUCCAAUUUCUGCCCACUCACAAAAUCUGUCAACCACCUUCAGCACUCCAAGUCCUGCUUCGAGUUCUGAGUGCUGUGGUGGCAUUCUUGAUUGUGAUGCCCUUGACUGUGACGGGAUUAUUGAAGAUAAGGAUGAAAGAGGUGGAGGUGGCCCACGAACCAGAGUGUCAGGUUUACGCUCAACGUCGAUAUCUGAGUUCAGGUUACGCUCAUAG